CUUAAAGCAAAGGCUUUUAUAGUAAGCCUGCCUGCUUUCUUGGUUCCUUAUUUUUACUGCCGGAAGACCAUUGACGAUCGGAACUGCGUAAACAGUAUACUAGUCUAUAACACUUGACAACCUUGGCACUUGACGUCUAAGCCUAGUGACCAAGAUGGGAGAGAGUGUCGCAGUUCUGGACUAUGGCAGCCGCUGGCUCAAAGCUGGUUGGGCAUACAACUUUCCUACUGACGAGGAGCCACGGAUCAUGGCACCCACAGCUGUUUACGUGGAUAAGAAUAACGCGAAUGGGCCAGCAGACAGCGCAGCUGCCGGCGAAUUGCAGCGACCCAUCCGCCGCGGCAAGAUCCUUGACUGGGACCAGUUUGAGUCGCUUGCUUACUACGUUCUUUACGAGCUCAUGGGAUGGGAGCUAGGCAAUGAAGGUCACGUGAUGCUGUGCGAGCCGCUUCUAACCGGCAGGACAGACCGCGAAAUGAUGACGCAGCUGAUGUUUGAGGUCUUCAACGUCCCAGGCAUGUUUUGCCAGGACCAGGCUGUCCUGUCCCUAUAUGCCUUUGGUCGCACCAGUGGCCUGGUUGUGGACAUCGGGCACGACAAAGUCGAUGUCGCCACGGUCAUGGAUGGCCUAGCCAACUUGACCAGCGUGCGACGCUUGGAGUACGGCUGUGCAAACCUAACGCAGUACAUGCAGCAGCUCAUGCGGGACCCUAGCCGCGGCCAACAGCAGCAGCCAUCCUCUGACGGCUCCAUCCCAUCCUCCUCCAGCCCACAGCUAACCGACGAGGCGGCUGAAGCCCUCAAGGAACUCUGCGUACGUUGCGCAGACUCCGAAACCGCUUACAAAAACAGCAUCUCUUCCUCCUCCUCCCUCGAAACAUUCAAACUUCCCGAUGGCCAGGAAAUCCAAGUCGCCAGCAGCGACGGCCUGCGUGUGGGCGAAGCCCUCUUCCAACCCACAUCCCUCCUCGGCCUCCGCGGUCCCAACAUCGCCGAAGCAGCAGUCGACAGCGCCGGCUGCCUGCUGGAACCCCUCCUUCGCAAGCUCAUGUACGAAAACAUGGUCCUGGUCGGCGGCGGCAGUGUCAUUCCGGGCCUCCCGCAGCGCUUCCUCUCCGAGGCGCGUUCCAUGGCGCCCGCCUCCGCCAACGCCGCCAUCAUCCCCACGCCCGAGUACCUGCCCUCGCCCAACGUGCCGCGCGACGCUGCCUGGGUGGGCGGUGCCGUACUAGCCAAGGUGGCGCUGAUCCAGAAUCACUUCAUUGUGAAGGCGGAUUACGAUGAGGCGGGACCCAGUGCCGUACACCGCCGUUGCACGUGAGCGGCGACGGCGGCGGAGGAGGAGAUCUCUACGUGAGCGUUGUGGUGGCGGAGGAGAAGGUGGAGGAGGGACGCGGGGUGGCGGCGGUGGUGGCAAGGGACGCGAGGGUGACAGCUGCCCGAGGCAGCAGCUGCUUUCACUUGGGCGUCCCGACAGCAGCAGAGCAUCCCAAUCGCCCCUACCAGAUGCAGCGUUACAUGAAGUUAUCUCGCAGGAUGGCUACGAUCCUACUUAAUUUUUAUCUUGACAUUUUAGCAGUUAGUUGACACACCACCAGUUGACGUCGACCAUCACUUCCCACCUUGACCGGAUCUACUUCCCAGCCCAGCCCUUCCUGCACCAGCCGGCUGGGCGGUCGUUGGCUGCCGAACUCGGCGCCAGCCUUGCAGCUUGACUCCGCUGCAGUACGACACCCAGCUGCCGUACGACACGUGUUGCAGCCAGCCGCCGCCAGCCGUCUUCCUCCGCGCGACUCGCUCACCAGCGGCACGCCGCCGCUGUUGACGCGCACGCACGCCAGCCGCUAUUGUGUCCGACAACAUCGAAUGUGCCGCUCAGGAAACUUGGGCGUGGGCUGAGGCGGCCGGCAGCUGCAGCAGCGGGAAACGCCGGAGCGGAUUCGCAACUAUUGCGGCGUGCUGCGUGACAGAGUUGAGCAGUACGUCCAGGCAAUGAGCCACAAGGACGAGUACGGCUGCGGGGUGGGCACGGGACCUCCAUGCCAGCGUGCAUGUUCGGGCUGUCCAUGCAGCAUGCAGCGUGCGUGUUUGGGACCUCCAUGCAGCGUGGGUGUUGGGGCUCCAGGCGGAGGCAGCUUCUACGGUUCACGGCGGCCUUGGGUCUCCGUGCUACGCGGUUGUUGGUUUGGCAACUGGCAAGCGGACCGUAAGGCAGGAGGCUGCGAGCAGGGCAGGGAGCGGAGAGGGCGAGGCGGGUGUGGUUGUGUGGACGCGGGUGGACGCGUGUUUUUGCGGACGGCUACUGUCUCUGCUGUCGUGGAGGGCUCUUUGUGCAGGCCUUUGGGGCAGCCAUUGUUCGUGAUCAUAUGUUCGUAUUGAUGGUUGAUUGACGGUUGCUUAACGCUAGCUCGUCCAUGCGCAGCACAUCUUGUGGGUGGGAGAGCACGUUUGGGUGUACCAUGGAGGGCGCUACUACUUUGUUAGCGGGUGCUGCGAAGGGCUUCCUGGCGGCUGGAGUUCCCUGUAGGUAUACCGCUAGGUGAUGGCUAGGGCUAGGGACCCAUGGGUCAGCGAGGGCCUGCUUCUUGUGAUGCUAGGCUGCAUGCCGUGACAUGACGUGGCGACAUAUAAUGACGGCGGUGACUUGCUGACAUGGAAAUGUACACCUUUUAAGAGAGGCGCAUGAGUACCGGUGAGGUCUUGUACUUGACAACCUCUUGGAUGGGCUUAGCAUCGCUGCAGACGCACUGAGU